AACACAAAAUCCCCAAAUCUCAAACCCCUGCAAAACCCUAACCUGUUCAACCUCACAGACCUAUCCUCGACGAAGAAAUCUAAACCCUAAAUGGGGAAAAUCCCACCAUCUCUGCGCUCAUCAGUUUCAACCUCCAUCAUCAAAAAGCCACAAUCUUUAAUCCCAAACGAAUCCCCAUCUCGCAAGCCCCAUAACUUUCCCAAGAAACCCACCAGGAAAAUCCCACCCCAACUUUCCGAGAAAACCCAGGAACCCACCUCCUUCCGCAACCCCUUCACCUCCCCAAACAUCUCCGACGCCAAGAGUGUCUUCACCUCCAUCGUCGCCGCCACGAAAUCCCCACUCGACCUCCGCGUCCACAACGCCCUGCUCCAAUCCUACGCCGCAAUCUCCACCGUCAACGACUCCAUAUCUCUCUUCAACCACAUGAUCAAAACACACCCUGCGUUCUCCCCCGACAAAUCGACCUACCAUGUUUUGCUCUCCCAGUCCUGCAAAGCAGGGGAUGAGACACUGGGGUCCGUACACCAGGUACUCAACUUUAUGCUCACCAAUGGCUUCAGUCCCGAUAAGGUCACCACAGAUAUCGCUGUCCGGUCACUCUGUUCUGCCGGUAAUGUUGACCUCGCUGUUGAAUUGGUUAAAGAAAUGGCGAUGAAAAACGCAGCCCCGGACAGUUAUACAUACAAUUUUCUGGUGAAGUGUCUCUGCAAGUCGAGAUCUGUGAGUAGUGUUUAUGAGUUUAUUGAAAGUAUGAAAAGUUCUUUGAAUUUAAAGCCUGAUCUUGUCACUUAUACUAUUUUGAUUGACAAUGUGACGAAUAGAGAGAAUUUACGCGAGGCGACUAAGUUAGUGGAAAUGUUAGCUGAGGAGGGAUUUAAGCCUGAUUGCUAUAUUUACAAUACAAUUAUGAAAGGUUUUUGUAAAUUGAAUUUGGGCAAAGAGGCAGUUGAUGUUUUCAAGAAAAUGAAGGAGGAGGGCGUGGAGCCUGAUCUUGUAACGUAUAAUACUUUGAUUUUUGGGUUAUCGAAAUGUGGAAGGAUUAUGGAGGCUAAGAAGUAUCUGGGUGUCAUGGUGGAAAUGGGACAUUUCCCGGAUGCGGUGACAUACACUUCAUUGAUGAAUGGAAUGUGUCGGAAGGGGGAUGUCUUGGGUGCAAUGGAGUUGUUGGAGGAGAUGCAAGCACAGGGGUGCCAACCAAAUGUUUGCACGUAUAAUACGUUGCUUCAUGGAUUAUGCAAGUCAAAACUUUUAGAGAAAGGGUUAGAAUUGUAUGGGCUGAUGAAAGAAUGUGGGAUGAAGCUUGAUACAGCUUCUUAUGCUACACUUGUGAGGGCACUUUGUAGGGAGGGUAGGGUUGCAGAUGCUUACGAAGUGUUUGAUUAUGCAGUUGAGAGUAAGAGUGUAACUGAUGUUGCUGCUUACACGACUUUGGAGGGUACACUGAAGUGGCUUAAGAAAGCAAGGGAGCAAGGUCUUGCUGUCUAACUGUUUCGUUACAGGACUGUUGGAGGUUGUUUGAGUUGUCAACAAUGGUCCCUGGUGAAGCAACAAGACUGCAUGUAGGACGUUAGCAAUCCCGAGUCUAUCUUCACCAGGCCAAACGACUCUUCUGAUGAACUGCAACAAAGACAAAAUCCCCAACUGGAAAGCCCUGGACAGGAAGCCACUAGAAUUUUCACACGUCUAGUCAUUGGCUGUAAGAUCUAUACUAGAUUUUGUGAUGCUAAUCAUGCUACAAAGAGUUGCAAUUUACAGGAAAGUUUGAGCAUCCAGUGGAGCCAGAGUAAAUGACGGGCAUAAUAAUCUCCGGACGCUGAAUUCCACCAUUUUUGUAUUCACCAUCCAGACAAACAUUUUACCCUCUUGACAGAUAUCCUCCAACAAAGUCCCCAUGGUCGCAGACAAACUUCUCCACCGGAUUCUGCAUCAGACACUAUCUGCUAUUCGUUGUCGAUGAGCUACUUCUGUGGAGCUGUAAUUGUCUGCUGCUGUCCAUACAAGUACAAAAAUGGCCUUUCUUCUUGAUUGGGUGGUUGCAUGAAAAACUAGCUUGUACAAAUUGAGUCAAAAGGCCUUUAAGAAAGGUUAUCCAAAUGAUAUCUGUCUGUUCAGAUUUGCAUUAACAAUUGAGUGGGAUGUCAUUAUUCCGAAUAUUUCUAAUUCCCUAAUCCUGGAUAGUUGAUGGUACAUAUUACUUCUC